UCCCUCCCUCCUCUCUCUCUAAAAACCCCUUCUCAAUAUCCCCCUCUUUUCCGGUAUCUCGUGUUCUUCGUCGUUUGCUGUUUUAUAUCGCGGGUUUCAGGUGGGGUUUCUUGAGCUUCAACGGUGUGAAAUUGGGCGUCGGCCUUGUCGGUUUCUCCUAGAUCCCGAGAGAGCGAAGCAAUGGUGUCAUCUUCAGAUAGAGAGCUCGAGGAGCAGCUUCUGGACGCUGGCAAUCGCCUUCUUCAGCCUCCGUCGUCUGUCUAUGAACUCCUUCCUAUUCUCGACUUAAUCCUUAAUUCAUUGUUUUUCUAUGUUCUGCGUCCCUUGUUGAUUUUAUUUGUCAUUUUAAUUGAUUAGUUUGAUGUGUAGUGCGGUUUCUGUAUUCCUUGAUUUGUGAUGUGUAGUGCGGUUUUGUUCUUUUUGGGAGUUUCAUGUCGUUCUUAUUGGAUGCUUUCUGUUGUAAAAUCUUUGGAGCAUGUUUCAUACUGGCAUACACUCCCUGUCCCAUCUGCUGGUCUCUUAGUUAUACAAUUUUGGCAUCAACUUCAAUGGAUAUGAGAUGCAGAAGUUUUUCUAAUAUUAUGUUGGACAGCACUGGCUUUGGUAUGUGGGCACUUGGCUGAUGAGGGCAGGAUGGUGAGGGUUUCUUCAGACGAGGCAGUUCAGGCACCUGAUAAGAUUUCAAAAGAAGCUCUGCCCAUAAGAAGUUGAUCUUGCUGUGGACAGAUCACAGAAAUUUGUUAUGAGCAAUGUUGUCUCGCAGGCCCCACGUGAUGAUUCUUUGUUGGAUUCUAACUCUUCAAAAAAGCGUAAUAAUCAGUCCCAAAGUAUUAAUGCAUGAAGCAAGAGUGAAUCGGGUGAUAGGCUAGCGGUUUAUGAAACAAUGACAGAACAGUCUUCAAAGAGAAGGGGAAAAUAGCAAAAUUCUGUGAUGAAUUCAGCAGAACCCUCUGAUUUUUCUCAUAUUGAUGGUGAUAAAGAAGCCGAGAAACUGCCCAAUUGUCAAAAAAUUUGUAGCAUGCAAGUGCAUAAUCCACUUCGUGAGUGUUCAUCUGCCGAGGUAGCUGCACAAUUAGAAAAUGAGAAUGAUGCAGGUGUUCGGGUUUCCUCACCAAAGGCUUCAGAGAGUGAGGCUGUGAAUGUUGCUUCCUCAUCCCCAAGCAAGGGCCUACCUGAUGAGAGUCAUUCUAGAAAGGGUGGGUGGCCAAAAAAGAAAGAAGGCUUGACUCAAGAAGCUAAACCAACAGCUGAUAUUGCUAAAAAGGCAUCUGAAGGAGCAAGCGAUUCGAAACCUCAAAGGCGUGCAGGGAAGAAAGUGCCUACUGAGAUUGCUGAUGAGGACAGAACUUCAGUUUCAGUUGAUACUAUAAAGAAAGGAAGCAAGACUGCUGGUGAGCCAGAGGGAAAACAGCCAAAGCCAUCUGGGAAAAAGGUGGAAUUAAGCAAUAACAAUGAGGAUGGGCCUUCUAUAAAGCAGCAAGAAGAUGGGAAAAGGUGGGUAUGAGGAAAAGCUAUUUUGGAGAAAGAUGGAAGAAAAUCUUUGGCUGAAGAUGAAGACAAGUCGACCACAAAAUCUAUUAAAGGUGAACUUAAAAUGGAGGAAAUUUCUAAGGUGAACUCCAAGUGAAAGCGCACCCCUGGCAAGGAAAAAACACCUGAUGUGAGAGAGUUUGGUGAGAACCUGGUUGGCUUGAAGAUUAAAGUUUGGUGGCCACGUCAUCAGACGUAAAUAUCCAUUGUAUGCUCUAAGUCAUACUCUUAGUCUGUUAUUUAAUUGCAUGGCUGGAGCCCUUCGUGAGCUCAUCUUCAAGCCUUUGAACCAGCAGGAGCCCUUCGCUAGUUUGUCUUCGAUUGAACCAGAAGGAGCCCUACGGGAGCUCGUCUUCAAGCCUUCAAACCAGCUGGAGCCCUUCGUCUUCAAGGUUCGAGCUUUCGUGAGUCGUCAGGCUGCUUCAAUUUUCAAACUAAAACCUGAUGUGAGAGAGUGUGGUGAGAACCUGGUUGGCUUGAAGAUUAAAGUUUGGUGGCCACAUCAUCAGAUGUUUUUCGAGGGCCGUAUUGAAUCUUUUGAUCCUGCUAGAAAGAAACAUAGGGUUGUAUACACUGAUGGUGAUGAAGAGAAAUUAUUUCUCAGAAAGGAGAAGUGGGAGAUUAUUGAAGGCGAGUCUGUGCCAAAUGAGACACCUCAUGUGAGAGAGUUUGGUGAGAACCUGGUUGGCUUGAAGAUUAAAGUUUGGUGGCCACGUCAUCAGAUGUUUUGCGAGGGCCGUAUUGAAUCUUUUGAUCCUGCUGGAAAGAAACAUAGGGUUAUAUACACUGAUGGUGGUGAAGAGAAAUUAUUUCUUAGAAAGGAGAAGUGGGAGAUUAUUGAAGGCGAGUCUGUGCCAAAUGAGGAGCAGGCAGCUGAUCAAAGCCCUGAUGCUUCACCUGAAAUGCAGCAGAAGGCAAAAACAAAUUCUGAUGUGCCAACGAAACCAAGCCGGAUAGAUGCUUCGUCAAAAAAGGUUGGAGGCACUUCCUCGGGCAAACCUAAAGUUGCUUUUGCAAAAACUAGUCGAAAAUUGAAGGAUGAUGACAAAAAUGAUGGGAAGUUGCAAGACAAUGCGUCGAAAAAGACUAAAAAAUCCGAGAUAGAUGCUUCGUCAAAAAAGGCUGGAGGCACUUCCUCGGGCAAACCUAAAGUUGCUUCUACAAAAAUUGGUCGAAAAUUGAAGGAUGAUGGCAAAAAUGAUGGGAAAUUGCAAGACAAUGCGUCGAAAAAGACUGAAAAAUCUGAGAAUGUCAAUGGUGGUAAAUCCAAAGGCAUGGACUGGAGUCACUUUGAGGACCUACUUGCCAAAAAGAAGGGAAAGAAAGCCAGUAAGAAGAAAGCUUCUUUAGGUGGAUCUUCCCAGAUGAAAGACACACUUGGGACUACUGAUGAAGCCCUCGCUACACCACCUCCGCCAACUACACUUGAGGGGUCAGGUUUACAUGAUCCCAUGGUUUCAGGUAUGGUCCUCCGACGUGCUGUGCUACCGAAGGAUUCUUACGAGCUGAAGAUGAUGCUCCCAGAAGCCCUUACUUCAGCUGCCCGUCAUGCCGCUUACCAGCUGUCAGCCAUGAAUCUUACUUUGGAAGAUAAGGUAGGUGAAAUAUACCGAGUUUCAAUGGAAUUGCGGCAGCAAGCCCUGGCCUUACAAGAACAGCUGAAUGCUAGUGCCACCCGGGAGAAAGCUCUCGAAGAAGUGAUCACCCGGAUCCGGAAAGUGGAGAUCCCAACUGCUGUUAACGCUGCUAUUGAAUGUGCUAUUUCUGAUUACCACAACUCCGACAAGUUUUUGCAGGACAAGGGGAAAUUCGUUCUCCAAUCUUACCAAGGGGGUUUUCAAAGAUGUUGGGAACAGUUCAAGAUAAAGUAUCCUAACAUUGAUACAACUGGUAUCUGUUCGGCUGGUUAUGGCAAUGUAAGCCCUCCAUCAGGAGAAGAGGAUAAGGAAGAUGACGAUGAAGAUGGUGAAUCUAUGAAUUAAGAAUUUUGUCGGGGAAUUUAUUAUUAUGUUGUUGCUUUUAAAAAUAUAUAACUAUGAUGAAUAUAUAUUUUCAAUUAAUUCAAAUUCUAUGUGUUCUAAA